UACAGCGUACUUUCGCAAGCGAUCUCUACGGAUAUAUACAGAGCUGUAACAAUCAAGAAACACUUCCUACUCUCUCUUUUCAUCUCUUUCUUUACAACUGAAUCUGAGCAAAAGAAAAGAUGGAGAAUUUGGAUUCUUCGGUAGUGGCUCGUAGCCGUUUAGCGGUGCUCUCAGCUCACCUCUCAGCUUCAGCUUCGCAUGAUCAUUCCGACGCCGUUCCGUGCUCAAUUCUAGAACGUUCCUGCGUCUCCGCUCAAUCCGUCCCGCCUCCGCCCAACGUUAAGGGUGCGUUGACGAUCAUCGAUGAACGGACCGGUAAAAAGUAUCAGGUCCAGGUCUCUGAAGAAGGCACUAUUAAAGCCACCGAUCUCAAAAAGAUAACUGCAGGACCAAUUGACAAGGGGCUCAAACUUUAUGAUCCAGGCUACCUGAACACAGCUCCUGUUCGCUCAUCAAUUUGCUACAUUGAUGGAGAUGCAGGGAUUCUUAGAUACAGAGGCUUCCCAAUUGAGGAGCUGGCUGAAGGAAGUUCCUUUGUCGAAGUGGCUUACCUCUUGAUGUAUGGCAAUCUACCAUCUGAAAGUCAGUUGGCAGAUUGGGAGUUUGCUAUUUCACAACAUUCAGCUGUCCCACAGGGUAUUUUGGAUAUCAUACAGGCAAUGCCUCAUGAUGCUCAUCCAAUGGGUGUGCUCGUCAGUGCCAUGAGUGCUCUCUCUGUCUUUCAUCCUGAUGCCAAUCCUGCUCUUAGAGGCCAAGACUUAUACAAGUCCAAGCAAGUUAGAGAUAAACAAAUAGUCCGCAUACUUGGGAAGGCACCUACAAUUGCAGCAGCAGCCUAUUUAAGAAUGGCGGGAAGGCCACCUGUUCUUCCAUCAAACAAUCUUUCUUACUCGGAGAACUUCCUAUACAUGCUUGAUUCAUUAGGUAAUAGGUUGUAUAAGCCCAAUCCUCGUCUUGCUCGUGUUCUCGAUAUCCUUUUUAUAUUACAUGCAGAACAUGAAAUGAAUUGUUCCACAGCAGCUGCUCGACAUCUGGCUUCAAGUGGUGUUGAUGUAUACACUGCUCUUGCCGGAGCAGUGGGAGCACUGUAUGGUCCUCUUCAUGGUGGAGCCAAUGAGGCUGUGCUUAAGAUGCUGAGUGAGAUUGGAACAGUUGACAAAAUCCCGGAAUUCAUCGAGGGUGUGAAGAACAGGAGGCGCAAGAUGUCUGGUUUUGGACACCGUGUAUACAAGAAUUAUGAUCCCAGGGCUAAGGUCAUAAAGAAGCUGGCAGAAGAAGUAUUUUCAAUUGUUGGCCGGGAUCCUCUCAUUGAGGUUGCAAUUGCUUUGGAGAAAGCUGCCCUUUCAGAUGAGUACUUUGUUAAGCGAAAGUUGUAUCCUAAUGUUGACUUUUACUCUGGGCUAAUAUAUAGGGCAAUGGGUUUCCCCACGGAGUUCUUUCCUGUUUUAUUUGCCAUUCCUAGAAUGGCUGGGUAUUUAUCUCAUUGGCGAGAGUCUCUAGAUGAUCCUGACACAAAAAUAAUGAGACCUUCACAGGUCUAUACUGGUGUCUGGUUGCGGCACUAUAUGCCACUGAAAGAGCGGAUGAUUGCAAAGGAGGUGGAUAGACUUGGCCAAGUUUCUGUUUCCAACGCCACCAGAAGGCGUUUGGCUGGUUCUGGAGCCUAAGCUCAACCAUGGCUCAGCCAGAGGCGAGAAGAUUAUGAUUAGCUAUGAUCAAUGAUGCUUCAAAAUAAAAAGAAAGAAAAUGAAGUGUUCAACAGGCUGUGUCGAUCUAGUAUGUUGAUGAUAUACUUUCAAUGUAAUAGCAACUAAUAAGAAUCCGUAUGUAAUCGAGGUGUUAUAUUUGGUCCAUUGAUGGAUCCUAUAUCUGACUCUGCAAGUUGUGUCUGGAAAGCAUCAGUUCUGUUUUCAGUUCUUGUACAUGGUACAAUCUUUUGGAAAUUUUGUCAGAAUAAAGGGUCUUUGGCAUAUAUGGAAUUGUGUGUACCGGU